CAACCGGACAAAACAUCGUCUCCCUUAACUACGGCUUUUUGGCACGCCCAAGUGGGAGGCCAAUCUGAAAAGGUUUAUUGUGUAGAACUGUGAUUCAGUGUAGUGUGCGGUGCAGUGUGGAUCCUUAACUGUAUCUGUUGGUCAGCAUUGGAAGGAUUAACAGGCAACACAGACGGGGGACCGCUUAGCCUGAAUCAUGCACAUCGUCACCAUAACAGCUAACUGGGAGUGGUGCAGAAAUUGUGCAAGAUACGGAUAAGGCACGUUUUUUGAUUUCAUUGCGCGGUUGCUUAAGUUGCUGCCGAAUUCCCCCCGAACGUUAUAAUGCUUGAGGAAAACUCUUGUCUUUGGUUAAGUCGCCUUUUACUGCUUGCGCCAAGUGUGUGUCGGUGUGAAGUGAUCAGACUGGGAUAAAGCUGGAGAAUUAGGGACUUCUUCCAAUAUCGGAUACCUUUUUUGUUUUAUUCUCCGUGAUUUUUGAAGUGGAGGACGAGAAGAGAAGACGACUGAAGUGUUCCCACCACCUUGAAACAUGGGGAACGCAGGGAGUAUGGACCAACAAACUGACUUCAGGGCACAUAACAUGCCCUUAAAACUGCCCAUGCCGGAGCCAGGUGAAUUAGAGGAACGAUUUGCUGUCGUUUUGAAUUCUAUGAACCUCCCACCAGACAAAGCUCGGCUCCUGCGGCAGUAUGACAACGAGAAGAAAUGGGAACUGAUCUGUGAUCAAGAACGGUUUCAAGUGAAGAAUCCCCCUCACACGUACAUUCAGAAGCUCCAGAGCUAUCUGGACCCGGCGGUCACCAGGAAGAAAUUCCGCAGACGAGUGCAGGAGUCGACCCAAGUCCUCAGAGAACUGGAAAUUUCAUUACGCACCAAUCACAUAGGGUGGGUGCGAGAGUUCCUCAAUGAAGAGAACAAAGGGCUGGACGUGCUGGUGGACUAUCUGGCGUUUGCACAGUAUGCUGUCACGUUCGACGGUGAGAACCUGGAGAACGGCCCCGACGGCCCGGCUGACAAGGCCAAGGCUUGGAGCCGCUCUAUCGAGGACCUGCACGGGGACAACAUGCCCUCCCCCAUCAGCGGGAGCACCAUAUCCAGAGCCGGGAGGCACACCACGUUAAGGAGUAACACGUUGCCAAGCCGGAGGACGCUGAAGAACUCGCGGCUGGUCUGCAAGAAGGACGACGUCCACGUGUGCAUCAUGUGCCUGCGCGCCAUCAUGAACUAUCAGUACGGUUUCAAUAUGGUCAUGUCCCACCCCCACGCUGUGAAUGAAAUUGCACUAAGUCUGAACAAUAAGAACCCAAGAACGAAAGCCCUGGUGCUGGAGCUGCUAGCCGCGGUGUGUCUCGUGAGAGGGGGCCACGAAAUCAUCCUAUCGGCGUUCGACAACUUUAAAGAAGUCUGGGCGGAGACGCAGAGGUUUGAGAAGCUAAUGGAGUAUUUCAGGAACGAGGACAAUAACAUUGACUUCAUGGUGGCGUGCAUGCAGUUCAUCAACAUCGUGGUGCACUCAGUCGAGGACAUGAACUUCAGGGUGCACCUGCAGUAUGACUUCACAAAGCUCUCUCUGGACGAGUAUCUGGAUAAGCUGAAGCACACAGAGAGUGAUAAGCUGCAGGUGCAGAUCCAGGCCUACCUGGACAACGUGUUUGACGUGGGCGCUCUGCUGGAGGACGCCGAGACCAAGAAUGCCGCACUGGAGCGGGUCGAGGAGCUGGAGGAGAGCAUGUCUCAUAUGACGGAGAAGCUGCAGGACACGGAGAACGAGGCCAUGUCCAAGAUUGUGGAGCUGGAGAAGCAGCUGAUGCACCGCAACAAGGAGCUGGAUUCCAUACGGGACAUUUACAAGGACGCGAGCGCGCAGGUGCACACGCUGCGGCGCAUGGUGAAGGAGAAGGACGACGCCCUGGUGCGGCAGGGCAACCUGGAGAAGAAGAUCCACGAGCUGGAGCGCCAGGGCACCAUCAAGAUCCAGAAGAGGAGCGACGGCGACAUCGCCAUCCUCACCGCGCCCGGCGCCCACGCAGCCCUGCCGCCCGGCGCCGAGGGCGCGUACGUCGCCGGAGCGGUCAGUCCCAGCGGGACCAACGGCACAGCGUUUGGCCCCGGGACGCCUUCACCACCUCCACCUCCACCCCCGCCCCCUCCCCCACCUGGCUCAGUGCCAAACGGGCCGUCAGCAGCCCCCGCUCCCCCUCCCCCUCCCCCUCCUCCCCCUCCCCCUCCUCCUCUACCCCCUGGUCCUGCAGAGCUCUCGGCCCCUCUGCCCCCACCGCCACCACCACUGGCCCCCCCGCUGCCCGGCUGUGGGAGCCCCACGGUCAUCUUCAACUCAGGGCUAGCAGCUGUUAAGAUCAAGAAGCCGAUCAAGACCAAGUUCCGCUUGCCGGUCUUCAACUGGGUGGCACUGAAGCCCAACCAGAUCAACGGCACAGUCUUCAACGAGAUCGACGAUGAGAGAAUCCUAGAGGAUCUGAACGUAGACGAGUUUGAGGAGAUGUUCAAGACCAAAGCGCAGGGCCCGGCCAUCGACCUGACCACGAGCAAGCAGAAGUCCAUCCAGAAGGGCCCCAACAAGGUGUCUCUGCUGGAAUCCAACCGAGCCAAGAACCUGGCCAUCACCCUGAGGAAAGUGGGCAAGAUGCCCGAGGAGAUUUGCAGGGCCAUUCAACUGAUUGACCUGCGCACGCUGCCGGUGGACUUUGUGGAGUGCCUGAUGCGCUUCCUGCCCACGGAGAACGAGGUGAAGGCCAUGCGGCAGUACGAGAAGGAGCGCAAGCCGCUGGAGAACCUGGCGGAUGAGGACCGCUUCAUGAUGCAGUUCAGCAAGAUCGAGCGGCUCAUGCAGAAGAUGACCAUCAUGGCCUUCGUGGGCAACUUCACCGAGAGCGUGCAGAUGCUCACGCCGCAACUCCACGCCGUAAUUGCAGCAUCCGUGUCAAUAAAAUCCUCACAGAAGCUCAAGAAGAUUCUGGAGAUCAUCUUGGCUCUUGGAAACUACAUGAACAGCAGUAAGAGGGGAGCCGUCUACGGUUUCAAACUACAGAGUUUAGAUUUGCUUUUAGACACUAAAUCGACGGACCGCAAACUCACACUGUUACACUACAUUGCUAACGUGGUCAAGGAGAAGUAUCAGCAGGUGGCCCUUUUCUACAACGAGCUGCACUACGUCGAGAAGGCCGCCGCAGUUUCACUAGAGAACGUGCUGCUGGACGUGCGGGAGCUCCAGCGGGGGAUGGACCUGACCAAGCGCGAGUGCCAGAUGCACAGCCACAACACGCCCCUUAAGGACUUCAUCGUCCAGAACGAGGGCAAGCUCAAGAAACUGCAGGAUGACGCCAAGAUUGCACAGGAUGCCUUUGACGAGGCCGUGAAGUUCUUCGGGGAGAACUCCAAGACGACACCUCCCUCCGUCUUCUUCCCCGUGUUUGUGCGCUUUGUCAAGGCCUACAGGCAAGCGGAGGAGGACAAUGAGCAUCGGAAAAGGCAGGAACAGAUGAUGAUGGAGAGGCUGCUGGAACAGGAGGCCAUGAAUGAACAGGAGGACCAGAAGUCGCCAUCCCAGAAGAACAAGCGGCAGCAGCAGGAGUUGAUAGCAGAGCUGAGGAAGAAGCAGGUGAAGGACAGCAGGCACGUCUAUGAGGGCAAAGACGGCGCCAUCGAAGACAUCAUCACGGCUCUAAAGAAGAAUAAUAUUACUAAAUUUCCCAAUGUCCACUCGAGGGUAAGGAACUCCUCCAAUAGCACCCCUGUGGUGGUGGAUGUGACCCAGACCUGAUCUUCGCAAUCAGCCGUACAGACGAGCCGACGCGGUGAGGAGGAGCGUGAGGCGCCGCUUUGAUGAUCAGAACCUGCGGCCGCUCAACAACGCAGAGGUGGUGAUUUGAGGGGAGAGAGAGUAUGUGAUGAUGUGGAGAGAGAGAGUGAGUGAGUGAGAAAGAAAGAGACAGAGAGAGAAGGAAGGAGGAGGCUGAUGCCUCAGAAUGAAAGACUAUAUGGAGAGGGAUUGAGGAAGAUGGAGUCUGGAAGGUCACCCAAUGGGAACUUUAGACAAGCCAAGUGCCUGAACUUAAUGACUUUUAUUUUCUUUCUUUUGUGCGGAUACGAUCAGAAUGUUUAUGACUUUGUUCGGAUGUUGUGUUUACUUCAAGUAACGACUUGAUCUGGCUUUAAACCUGUUGUCAUUGUUUGUUUUCCUAGUUGUAAAACUGGACACAUAAGAAGAUUGUUUUGUUUUUUUUCAUGGGUUACCUCUGUAUAGUCAAAUGUAAGAUAUAGUUCUGUAAGCACGAGCAUUACUCCGACAAAGGUUCUUUUACUAUGAAAUCCCAUAGUAUCUUCUGACAUUCCGGUGCUAUCACCAUCAUGCUUGGAUUAUUCCAAGUGCUCAAGCAGCACUUAAAACUUUUCCUCCAUAUACUCAAGGGCUACUUUUUAUAAGAGGAAUAUAUCCUGGUUCCAGCCAUCCAAACCAGUAAGUGUAAGUCCAAGGGCAGCGUGUAUGUUUGUACGUAACAUACCAGACAGACGUGAUCAAGCAGCAGGAGCAGAGGAAGUGGCAGAGGGAGCUGAGGAGGGUGGGGAUUGUAGGCAGAUGGAACGUCAGAGGCUCUGGAUGGGACCAGUAUGAACUGGUAAGGCCAAUAUGAACUGUACACAGGGCGCCAGUGCUAUGGUGUCGCCGCUGCAGUGUUAAAAUGGUUAGCGGACCAAGCCGUGAAGUGGACCAAGAUCAUUGCAGGUCAGCUUCUCACCGACCCUGUGCCUACAGGAACACAUCAUUAAGGGUGAUGGGAGAGAGGAGAGAUGUAGACAAAAAAUGAGAUGAACUCAAUGGAGUGUAACCUACUGUAGGGUUACAGUUCAUGUCCGUCACCGUAUCAAAACACAGAAGAGGCUCGUCACAAAACCAACCGGGAGGAGAAACUGGAUUCUUAUAUUCCACAGUCUGGGGGGGGGGGGGGGGGGGGGGGGGGCUGCCUUCAAGAAUGGCAGCAUUCAUGUCCACCACUCAUGAUUUUAUUGUAUAGUAUUUAACCACUAAGACUAUUAGCCACUCAUUCCGUUCAGCUCCACUUGAUGUGAGUGCCAGUCCCCUCCAGCAUCUAGUUAUAUUAAAUACUACAAAUGAAAAUAAAACAAAAAAAAAAUCUAAAUGUACAGAUAUUUUGCUACAAAAUUGCUUUUUUUACUUUUUAAUCCACUCAUUUGCAAAAAGGAUAAUAUUGUACAUAUUGUUUAAAACGACACCCUGUGCUAUACAUCUUGAAUGUUAUUUUAACUUAUAGUUUUUUUUUUUUGUUGUUGUCUCAUUUUGUAUAUUAAAUUAAGCUGAGAACAUGAAUCUGGCGAACAGUGGGUUGAUGGAAGCGGUCAUGCAUCAUGAUCGACCAACAUCACAGAGGAAUGGGACAUUUAGUCUUGUGAAGGCCAUAAACAUUCCUGUUUAUAGUACAACCAUCUGCUGUCUUAACACAUUCAUCCAUUUCAUCUUAUAGACUGGGUAAAUAACUGGCAUGUUCCUUGUUUUGUUUCAUUUUGAUCAGAAAAGUAUUUAGCCAGUACAGAUAUGUGUGUAUCACAAAAAUACUUUUUAAUAACAGAUCUCUAAGUUAGAUCCAUGAUUUCUCAAUGACUAUGAUUAAAUAAAACUAUUUACACUA